AUGCAGUCUGAAGAUAUGACGUAUGAUGAUUUGCAUGAGGUUGUCAAUGGCCUCAUUUGCAGGAGCAUCGCUCCCAUGUCGCUCCCUCUCCAGCCAUGCGGCUCCUUCAACAUCCUCACCUUCCCUAUGAAGGAACUGAACGGAGGGGAAACAAACCUGGUCCAUGCCUUUGACCUCAUCCAGAACUUUCAGGGCGACAUCAACUUUUCUGACCUCAGCACUAGCUACAAACUGGCAUGCGAACGCAAGGAUUUGCAGUAUCUUCCCGCCCCUUUUGGUCUGAAGGUUGAAGUCCCCAAGGAAACGACCAUCCAAAUCGUCAUCAUCAAAAACUCCGAGGGUGAAACCACUAUCUUGAAGCAUUUGGCCUUUCCGGGAAAAAUCAAGGCAACCUUCUUCAAACAGCUCAUCUACUGUGAGGGCUUUCAAUCUAUGUGGAUGCAGCCUUCCCCCAAAGGUGGCAGGAAAAUCUUGCAGUACUGCCUGGAGAACUUGGGUGGGCGUAUCUUCAAGUGCUUUGAGCUCACUUCCCAGGCAAGUCGCAAAGGCCCAAAGCCCGACAGCAGCUUUGAGGAGAAGGACGAUGAUGACAUCGAUGCGGGCUUUGAUCAUAUUCUCAAGAUCGGCCCUCGCUCAUCUUGUGAAAUGGCCCAGCUCCGUUGGCAGACUAAAGAACUUCGCAACAAAUCGUCUCCAAUCUUUGGCUGGCCUGUAGGUUGGUUAGUCAAGCUCUUCGGAACUUGGCUGCCGACGGAGCUUUAG